CCAUUCCCAAACCCCGCCGCCGCCGGAGAAGCACGAAGCCGCUAGGGUUUAUCACCUCUGCCCAUAUCACAAAGCCUAGGGUUUCUCGGGCGCUGCUGCUUGCGCGAGAGAGCAGAGGGGGAUCGAGGAUGAUUCGGCGGAACCAGAGGAUGCGGCGGGAGUACCUGUACACCAAGAGCCUGGAGGGAGCCGAGCGGGCGCUGUUCGAGAAGAAGCGCCGCAUCCGGCAGGCGCUCGAGGAGGGCAAGCCCAUCCCCACCGAGCUCCGCAACGAGGAGCACGAGCUGCGGCGGCAGAUCGACCUCGAGGACCAGGAGCGUCAGGUUUCGAGGAGCUUCGUUGAUAAUGAGUACGCGACUAGCACGAUUCGGGAGCCCAAGAUACUCUUGACCACGUCUCGCGAUCCCAGCGCCCCCCUGAUUCAGUUUGUUAAGGAGCUGAAGGUUGUCUUUCCCAACUCGCAAAGAAUUAACCGUGGUGGUCAGGUGUUAUCAGAUAUUGUUGAGUCUUGCCGGUCACAUGAUGUUACUGAUCUUAUUUUAGUCCACGAACAUCGUGGCCAACCUGAUGGUUUGGUCAUCUCUCAUCUACCGCAAGGUCCAACUGCAUACUUUGGAUUACUCAAUGUGGUGACAAGGCAUGACAUCAAGGACAGGAAGGCAAUGGGCAAAAUGUCAGAAGCUUACCCCCAUUUAGUACUUGACAACUUCUCAACCAAGAUUGGUGAAAGGACUGCUACUAUUCUGAAGCACCUCUUUCCUGUGCCAAAGCCAGAUUCUAAGCGAAUAAUUACUUUUGCUAAUAGGGACGACUACAUUUCUUUCAGGCAUCAUGUCUACGAGAAACCAGGCGGCCCCAAGUCUAUCGACCUGAAAGAGGUUGGCCCCCGAUUUGAGAUGCGGCUGUACAAGCUCAAACUAGGAACUAUGGAACAAAACGAAGCGCCAUUUGAGUUUGAGCUGCGGCCCUACAUCAGCACUGCCAAGAAACAAAGGACCCUAGGCGCAUGAAUUGAGUGAAUGCAGUUUGUUUGAUGAUCCGCACUGCAGUACAGCGGUUUUUAGUUUGUUUUGGCCCUUCACCAUUUACUGUAAUAGUAGCAUCAAUGCACAGUGUAAUGUGUCUUGUAUUACUUAUCCCAAUUUCGGGUCCUGCCUCUUGUGUUCUCUACAUUCUGGUCGUUCCUUUCUGAAGUAGACAUGAACUCUUUUGUAAAUUUUCGUAUCAUUCACUCGAAUUUGUGAUUGAUUGUCCUACACAAAUUGAAAGAGGAUUGACUGUCAUAGCCCAGUCUCAGAUGU